UCCUGUUUUAAUUUCAGUUGCAAAAUGCCAUUUUUACUUAUUCAAUAUCCAUCGGGUCACAGGGCUAAUAUUGAAAUUCAACCCAACACUACUCUCCGCAAGGUUCUAGAGUUGGCCUGUGAAAAACGUGCUUUGGAUUGUUCCAAAUACUCUUUAACAUACAACCGACGCCCAGUUGAUCUGUCAACCUUUUUUCGCUUUUCGGGUCUGGUGAAUCGUGCCACACUAGACCUCGUUCCACUGAAUGAUGAAGAGAGUCGGCGUAUGAAUGAAUCAACCACUCAGAUCGUUGGUGAAACUAAACUCCGGACCACACUUCUACGUGAUUUGGGUGUUUCCAGCGGUUCAGUGCUGCUACAGUUACAUCACUGUUCACCAGCGGAUCUUCCACCGCAACCGCCAUCACCACCACCACAAAAACUUCUGGUUGGACAGGAAAAGCAAUCUAUCGAAAGCUGCUCCCUAUCGCCUCCGACCGCACCGACGACUCUUCAGGCAGUUGACUCCGAACCGAAGCGACCCCGGACCGGGGAUUCUGCACAGGAGCAUUCCUUGACACCUUUGCCGCGUUUGCUCAUUGACGAGAGAGAAGAGCACCAAGUCAUUCCAGACAUCUCUCAAAGUUACCGAACUGAUGGCCAAAACGGUUCGACCAAUGCAAUGCUGACAAAUCAAACAGAUCCGAAUGAUUUCCCUAUUUGGAGCGUGUUCGCCACACCACCACAAGUAUCCAUGUUCGAUCACAAACCAGACAAGGAACAACAACGUGUAUCGGAGACGCCGCAAACAUUGGGUGAAAUUUUGGGCAUUGGUCUGACCUUAGAGCGCGGUCCGCUACCUGGGCCGACUGAAUCACCGUACGUGUUCCAAAAUUUCAGCUUUCCGAGCGAAUCAGAAACCAUGGACAUCCAAGAUGAUCGAGGUGUUCACAGUCCUCGAUGUUUCACUGCGCACAAUCCGGGUUCACUAUCAGCAGUUGGAAUCAAAUAUGAUCGGAGGAAACAGUAA